AUGCCUGACACUCGCAGCAAACCUACCGUGCUCAUUGUUGGCGCCGGUCUGGGAGGCCUUAUGCUCGGAGCCCUCCUCGAAAGACAGGGUGUCCCAUACACAAUCCUCGAGCGAGCAGCCGCUGUCAAACCCUUGGGAUCUGCUAUGACUGUGGGACCCGUACUUUUGGCCAUCUUUCAGCAGCUCGGUAUCUAUGAUGAGCUGCGCGCUGUUGGCAAGUACAUGACACAUAUCAAGAUGCACAACGAGUCCUUACAAGCACUCAAGCCUACCGACUACACCCCUGUGGAAGAGCAGACUGGCUAUGGGUUCUAUGUGGUGGCACGUCCGGUGUUAUACGAACUCAUCCUCAAACUGGUUCCUCCACGCAAUAUCCUCUUUGACAAGAAAGUGGUCAGUAUUUCCGAAACAGACGAAAAGGUUACAGUCAGGACAGGCGACAAUGCCGCGUACGAAGGCGAUGUUUUGGUCGGAGCCGAUGGGGCUCACAGCACGGUUCGUCAACAUAUGUACGAAGCAUUGGAGAACGAGGGCAAACUACCAAAGUCGGACCAAGAGGACCUUCCCUUCAGCUGUACGUGUCUUGUGGGUCAGACUAGGGUGCUCGAUCCUGAAGAGUUUCCUCUGCUCAAGGACCCUGUGUGUCAGUUCCUGUCAGUCAUGAGCGAUGACAAACCCUACUCUUGGGCGACCUUCACAACAACAGACAACAAACUGGCGUUCAUGGUAGUGAACUACCUCGGGACAAAAUCGAGCAAGGCAGCUAUAGAGAGGCGACAGGAUGCGAGCGAGAGGGAAGAGUGGGGACCAUUUGCAGCUCAAGCAAUGUGCGAGGAGACAUCCGAGUUCCCGGUGCCUAUUGGAGAUGGGACGAUGACCCUCGGCGAUGUUUAUGAGUUGACGCCCAAGGAUAUGAUCUCCAAGGUCAUGUUGGAGGAAAAGGUGUUUGACACCUGGUACUCUGGUCGCAUUGUCUUACUGGGCGAUUCUUGCCACAAAUUGAACCCUGCUGGCGGACAAGGAGCGGCCAAUGCAUUCCAUGACGCCGUGGCAUUAGCCAACCUCCUCUACGCCAUGCCCACAACAACCUCCCAGGACAUCACACAAAUCUUCAUAGAGUACCACGCCGAGAGACAUCCAGCCGCCAAAGAGUCAUUCGAGAACAGUCAACUUUUCAGCAAGAUCAUGGACCGAGGCAUCGGAGGAGCUAUUGCAUUGUUUUUUGUCACUCAUACACCGUUCUGGUUGUGGAAGAUCUUACUUGGCAAGACAGUCCGAUUCCGUCCUCAAAUUGGGUUCAUCCAGGUUAUUCCGGCAACUGGGUCAAUCCCUUCUGCCGUCUCGCCGAGUACUGAGAAAGCCAAGGCUGUGUUUGAGAGACUGCAGCAGCCAUCGGGAGUAGCAUGA